UGCACAGGUGGGGGGAGAGGAACGAAUGGGGGUCACCAGGUUCCACUAACCCCCAUCGCAGGAGCAGACCGCUUGCUGUCUGCUUUGGGCCAUUUCUGCAGCUGGAAGCUGGUGAAGCUCACCAGGAGGACAGACGCCCUCAGGAUGCCAGGCGGGGCCUCUGCGGGUCUCUGUGCGGCUCCGCAGCGACCACAGGUUCUGGCCCGGGAUGUCUCUCCCAGGCCCUCCGCCCACCGCGCAGCUCCUGAAGGGCUGCGAUGGCGGGACACCAAACACCAGGGGACGGGGCUAUUGGCCCCGCCACGCCAGACGCGGGGCGCGCCUUUCCCGCUCCGCAAGCCCCCUGCGCAAUCACAGCCCCGGGAAGGCGCCGGGUGCGUGCUGCUCAGUCUCCCGUCCCGCUCGCUCAGCUAGUCACGCGACCACAGCGGACGCGGGUGGGCGAGGAACAGAUGGAGGGAAAUGAUUGCUCAGAGUUUGUCCUGGACGCGGAAGAAGGCCGUGGACCGAGUGUGCCCAGUGAGUGGAUGAGUGGGACGCCGCGGGAUGGUCCCGACCGCUAGGACCGGUGGGCGGGCGCGUCCCCGAGCCCAGCCUUCCCACUCGUCAGCCCGCGUGAUGGGCUCCCCGCCAGUCCUUUCCCUCCCCGCCACUUGGUUGCCGCAACCUCGCCGUCCAUUGGCCAGAAACGGUGCUUCGUCACGAGCGCGGGUUUUCAAUCACCAGCUGAGAGGCAAAGUUCCCGGGCAGUCACAGCCCAGGAAGCGCCACCUUCGCAGCUCCUGGGCAUCCCGGAGCGGCGGUCACCGGCACCGUUUGGCAGGCUCUCCGCCUCUGCUGAAGAGUCUAUCCGGUCUCUGUCCCAUUUGGCCCGAAAUCCAAGGUUGUUUUGGCGACAUUUGUGGGAGCUGGCAUCUGACAUUCCUGGAAGUCCCAACAAGACCUGGGCAGUUUCUUGGGCUGCAGCCUAACACCCUCAUCUCAGAAUCAGUGUGUUCUUCUGAGAAACCUUCACCUUCUCCCGGAGCUCUGUGAACUCAAGGGUCUCCGCUGUAUAAAAAGUCUCCCUGUGCUGAACUGUCUGUUCAUCUUCAAGCCAUCAUGAGUCCUAAGAAACGCAGAUCACAGAAGUUCUUAUCCGACAUAAAGAAUAAUAUGAAAAUUGAACACUAUUUUCCUCAGGUCAAUAAAGAACAACAGAAUAAUUCCAGUACUCCUCAAAUGAAGACAGGCUCUAGAAAAGGUCCAAAAGAUAUAACUAAUACCCAGGCUCAAGGACCCAAAGACCAGGCUACAUCCCAAAAUAAGGUCAUUCAUGUUACCUUGGGUGUACACCACAGGAAACACAAACAAAUGAAAUACAGGGUCGCACAUAAUGAACAAGGUAGCUUAUUCGAGGCACUCAACACUCUUGAGGCUGUCAAAAAAGAGAGGAAAGCUCAGCAAGGCAAAGAAAUGCUGGUGCGUGGCACAGAAGGAAUUGAGGGGUACCUGAACCUUGGAAUGCCCCUCAGCUGUUUUCCUGAAACCUGCCACCUGUUAAUUACAUUUGCCCAAAGUAAACGUCAGCAGAAAGAGGAGAACCAGAUAUUUGGCCGGCAUGAGAAGGCAUCCACUGACUGUGUCAAAUUUUUUAUUCAUGCAAUUGGGAAGAAUACAAAAAAGAUUGUCAAAUGCGGGGAACUUCACAAAGAGGGGUGCAAACUCUGCGUCUAUGCUUUCAAAGGAGAAACCAUCAGUGACGCUAUGUGCAAGGACGGCAGAUUCCUUCCCUUACUGGAGAAUAGGAAUUGGAAACUCAUUGAAAAACUGGACUCCAUUGUAGAAAGCAAACAGCCAGUCGAUGACUUAGAGGGCAAGCUCUUUCAGGUUGAGGUUGAGGUUGAGGGAAGAAUGAGUUCUCGGGCAGCAACUGCUCAGAAUUCUGAGUUGGAGAGAAGAAACUCCUGUGUGUUGAAUGAAGAAAUUGUGCACCAGUAUCCCAGUUUGAUAAGAGAGAGUAAAAAAAUUAGAGAAAACUUUGAGAAAGAAAUGAAAGAAAGAAAGAGCAAAACUUCAUUAUUUAAAUGGCAUCAAACAAACUUUGGGAAACUGACAAAAAACUCUACUCCAGUUAAAAUGCACAAACUUCUUUCUAAACUCAGUGACUCAGUUGGGUACCUGUCAUGGGACAACAAUGGAAAUAGGGGUUCGGCCACCUGCUUUCUUUUUAGAGGGUUAUUCAUUUUCACUUGUCAGCAUGUGAUAGAUGACAUUGUGGGGAAAGGAAUAGAGCCAAGUCAGUGGGCGAAUAUAAUUGGUCAAUGUGUGAGGGUGACAUUUGCUUACGAAGACAGCUGUGAAAAAGAAGAGAAUUGCUUUUCUGUUGAACCUUGGUUUGAGAUAUCUGAUGCAAUUCUUGAUUAUGCUGUUCUGCAACUGAAGGAAAACGGACAGCAAGUACCUUUGGGACUAUAUAAUGGAAUUGGUCCUGUGCCAUAUAACGGGUUGAUAUAUAUUAUUGGUCAUCCAUCUGGAGAGCUAAAGUCUACUGAUGCUUGUGCUGUAAUCCCUCAGGGUCAGCGAUUGGAGAAAUGUCAGGAACAUAUUCAGGCUAGAAAAGCAGAGGGUUUCAGGGAUAUGCAGUAUAUCCAUAUGUACACUCAAAGUAGUUUCCAUGAAAUAAUUCACAGGCCUGAUGUGAUUACCUAUGACACCACUUUUUACUUUGGGUCUUCUGGCUCCCCAGUGUUUGAUUCAAAAGGUUCAUUGGUGGCCUUACACGUUGCUGGCUUUGCUUAUGAGUACCAAAAUGGGCAUUCCAGUAUCAUUGAGUUUGGCUCUACUAUGGAAUCCAUCAUUGAUAAUAUUAAACAAAAUCAUAGGAAGUGGUAUGAAGAAGUAUGCAUAACUCAGCAGGAUGUAGAAAUGGUCAGUGAUGAAGACUUAUGACAGUGAGAAUUCAGUCUACUUCUGAACUUUGAGAUUACCUAUGGAGUUGUUAUUCCAUAGGCAAUGGCGACAGUUUUCUAAAUUCCAAAAUAGUUAAUUACAUCAAUAAUAAUAUUGAUUAAUAUUAUUGACCACUUCCUAUGCACUGGGCACAUGAAGAAACUUGUUAUAACAACUCUAUGUGGUGGACUAUUAUCCCUAUUUUAAAGUCAAGCAAAGUAAAGAAUGGUAAGAUUAAGUAAUAAUUCAUUUUAUGACACAAGAAAUAGUGUAACCAUUGUUUUGGGGUUUUAUUUUUCAUUUUCCAUAUCUUCCCUUCAGUUGCUUGAAGGAAGGAUCCAAGACUUGUUCAUCUCAUUAUCCCCAAUGUCUGGCACACAGGAAAUAAGUGCUUAGAAAAUGUGUGGGUCAAGCAAUAGAAAAACUUAGGGCUGCAGCUAAUCUUUUUUUAUUAAAUUUUUUUGGGCAACAUUGGUUAAUAAGAUUAUAUAAGUUUCAAGUGUAUAUUUCUAUAAUACAUCAUCUACUAUAUCACAUUGUGUGUUCACCACCCAAAGUCUA